AUGGUGGCUACCUCCGCUACGCAGGGAGUUAUGCGCUUCUCUCUUCUCGCUGUUCAUCUGCUUAUUGGCCCGGCUUCUGUUCCCAAUAUUGAACAAGGAAUAGUAGCGACUACGCCUGUCGGUUCCAAUUGGAGAACCGCAAUGGAGUUCCAAGAACCCGUGCUUCUUGUCUCCAAGUCAUUAUUGCAGCGGUCUCCACUCGGUGAAGCUCGUCUGCAAGGGUUACGAGCUGAAGUUUUAGUGGAAAUUGGCUGUAUUGGAUAUCGUCAAAUCUGGCACCCAUGGCUGGGGAGCCGGAACACCAAAGCCCCGAUCCAUCGCGCUAUUACCACUCAGGCUGUGUUACAAGGGGUGGCAGCUCAGACACGGUCAGUCCAGCCUGCUAAGUCAAAACUGCGAGCUGAAACAGAUUACCAACAAGGAUACUCUUGCCACAUCGGACAGUCGCUCUGUGCUAUGGACUGUAUACUUCAAACCAUGGGCGGCAAUUACCACUUUGCGGACACAUGGCGAUUCCGGAUCUUCAUUCCAUGA